AUGUCCGCUGUUCUUCAAUCAACCAUUAAUCUGCUGGAGACGGAACUCGUCAAGGCCAGAGCUGCUCUUCAGGAGAUCCAACCGAAUGCUAGCUCGAUGGUAAUUCGGGGCGAGGAGUUGGCCGUUGGAGCUAUGGCUGCCUACCGUCAAAAUCUCAUCGGCUGUGCCCCCGAUUUCUUCUAUGGCACCCGCCGAUUGACUCCCAAGGAACUAGGUCUCGUUCCCGCCAUUCGCGAAAUCGAACUCAGUGAUGAAGAGGAGAGCGUCAAGGAGCGAACUGAGCCGGCCGCGUCCGAUGCUACUUCAUUCGAAGAUUUUCUAGGCAAUGGUUUGAUCCUCGACCACUUGGUGCCAUAUCUUUCUCCCGGUUCUCUCCUAGCGCUGUCGGCCACCUCGCGUUAUAUACGCGCCUUGAUCAUGGAAACCCCAUAUAUCUUUCGGCGCCUUGACUUAUCCAAUUGUCGAGGUGCUCAACUGGCUGACCAGGGCUCCAUCGAUCCUGGUGGCCAGGUGUGGCGGGCUGAGCGCAUGGAUGAAUCGCUGACCGAAGAUGAAUUCUACUCCGGGCCUUUGAGAGGCAUCUACGCCAAUUUAGAGGGAAGAUGUAUAUUACGUGACGUACGAACUCUUAUUCUGGAUGGCUUGUCCGUUCCAGCUGAUCUGGUCUCGGAUAUUAUUCUAUCGGACCGCUUCAAUCUCAACCUCCUGUCUAUUCGAGAAUGCCGGCACUUAAAUGAGCGGAAACUCAUGCAAGCACUCAGCUAUGCUAUUCGACCGACGCGGCCCGCUGGAACACCCCGCAUCAAAGGUAUCUACUACUUUACCCCCGUGGAUCGCCCUCGGGCCGCUGUUCGAAGCAAAUAUCGAGAUUGGUGGAGUCAACGCACAAUGGGGGACGUGACGCCGACUCUCAACCAAGAGGAGAAACAGCGUCAAAACGCGUGGUAUAGCCCAUCAGGUAAACUUCUCAAGCGCCACAUUGAGGAUGGCUGGGCGCAGACCCUCCAAAAAUGCGAAGGAAUCAUUGCUUUCGAUGCUACCCUCUGCCGCGGCCCUCGGCAUGAUAUCGAAUUACAUGCCACGAAAUCUCAGGAGACGGAGGAUGGUCAGCUUAUGGGGCGGCUACUCGGACCAGCGAUCGCAACGAUUGCCUUGGGUCCUAGGGGCUGUGACCGUUGUCACGCGUCUGAAGAAGGCCCGGCCAUCUGGGGACAGUCCCCAGCGGAACACUUCCCCCUCCUCACACCACCGCCGUUGCAUUCGUCGUCUUUGGCUGCAGCAAGACGCCCGGCACUCUUUCCCAACGAGCAUCCUGUGUUGAUCGCUCGCUGCGCUGAUUGUCUCGUCGAUCGGUGGUGUCAUCGUUGUAACAAGUGGUUCUGCAACAGUUGUCUUCCACACCCAGAACACGUCCGGAGCAAUUUGUCACCCCACCAGACAGCUGUUAGAGGACCCCGUACUGGCGAUGAGAGGCUUGGACCUGGAGUGAGUAAGGACUGCUGGGAGUGCGGGCCAACGGUAAGUGACACAGAGGGUUCAACAUGGAAGCCGCCUGGUAACCUCGUCUAG